AUGGUGACUGGUUACGGCUUCGCAUCAAAACGCCGCGCUUUAUCAAGAAAUCGCCAAUUCUCCGUGCUCAAAGGCAACACAGUUGACACAAUUCUCCCAGAGCUGCAGAUCACCAAGGACCUGAGACCCUUCCUCCAGCUUCAAGAAAACACCGACGGUCGGCGGAUGCUAAUAUUUUUCGCCGACAAAGACGUGGAUGCUCUACAGAACGCCCAGUAUGUGCUAGGAGACGGCAACUUUAAGUACAACUCAAAGGAGUUCCACAACCCGGGCCAGCUCUACACACUCCAUGCGGUCGUAAACGGCGAAGCGCAGCCAAUCGUGUACGCGCUCAUGCAGGCAUUGGAUGUACGUGCGUACGAGGUGCUACUAACAUGUUUGAAGGAUGCCAUGAUACGAAGGUUUGGGAUCAUUGGGGCCCUUGCGACCACUACAACUUGGAUCUUCGACUACGAGGCAGCGGUGAUCAUCGCAACAAAGAACGUGUUUAGCACGACCUCUAGCACACCAAAGAUCAGGGGUUGUGCUUUUCAUUUCGCAAAAGCCAUCAACACGAAGCGAGACGAGCUCGGCCUCAGGGGCCUCUGCAACAGCGACACAGCGGUCAACGAGUGGCUGCGGAGGGUGCGCCACCUGCCGUUCAUCCCAGACAACUUCCGCCUGGAAUUCGCUGCGGAUUUGAUCGACCACAUUUAUUGCAGAAGACUCGUGGGCAUGAGCCCGGAGGAGGAGUUCCAGCGUUCUUCACGGAAGGUGGCUCUGAUGCACCCGAAGGUCCAUAGAGCCAUUCAAGAACCCUUCAAGUUCAAUUAG